UAAUGAAUCAACCUAAAAUUUGGGAUGCCUAUAGUAAGAGUUAUCAUAAUAUCGAAAAAAAUCCAGCAGGAUUUCAAUUUUCUUUGUUAAACAUGUUGAGAGUGAAUGAAGCAGAUGAGUAAACUAUUAAAAUAAAUAAGAAUUCUAGAUGCUGGUUGUGCAGGAGGCCAUUUACAUUAAUAUAUUUUACAGUAAAGAAAAAAGGACUGUAGGUUAACAGCAUUUGACUUUUCUCUUGAAAUGACAAAAAUAGCCGCAGCAAGAAUGAUUAAAUACUUUAAUAAUCCUCUAAACAGCUAAAUUGAAGAUAUCAGCGAUUAAGAGAUUGAAAAUGUUGAUUUAAGUAAUUUUGAUGUUCAAAUUUUAUAGAUAGUCCAUUAUUGGAAUAAAACAAAUAUAAAGUCUUUUAAGGAGAUGUAUAAUCAUUACCAUAAUUGAACGAUAAUUAAUUUGAUAUCUAUAUUUCAAAUUUAGUAUUACAAUUAGUGGCUAAUAAAGAUUAAGCUUUGUAGGAAGCUUUUAGAGUAUUGAAACCUGGAGGGAAAAUAGGAAUUGUGAUUCCUGUAGUCUUAGGUAAUGUUCCAAUGUUAUCGUUAUAAAAAUGCUUUAUCUAAGCUGGUUUAAUACCAAACGCAGCAUAUAAACCAACUGAAUUAGAAAAUCGAGAAGGAUUAAUAAAUUUCUUAUAUAAACAUGGUUUUAAAGAGAUUGGUAAUAUAUAUUAAUAAUUAUAGUAUGUUGGAAUUAAACAAUUCCAUUUGAUUUAUUUGAUAUAGAUGAUAAUUAUAUUUUUCCAUAAUUUAGAGAAAUUUUAGAUAAAGCUUCAAAAGAAUAAGUUGAUUAAUUCUAUUCAUUAUAUAAAUCAGAAGUAUAAAAUAGAUUGAAUCUAAAUCUACCAUUUACAGUUGAAGCAUUAUCUUUGAUAGCUAAAAAACCAUUAUGA